CUCAAGACGAGCUGGACAGAGGCGAAUCCAGGGAGGAGGUUCUACGGGUGCAGCAAGUAUGGGACAGAUGGGGCAUGUAAUUUCUUCAGAUGGCAUGACCCAGUAGUUGACGAACAUAUGAAGUUUGUGCUGCUGAACUUUCAUCGUCGGAUUCGGGAACUCGAGAAGAGGCAAAAUGGGCAAGGGUCCAAAGCUAAUGGCUGUCCAGUGUUCAUCUUCAUUGUGAUUGCUCUUGUCUUUUCUUUCAUCUGGAUGGGAUUGGGGAUGUAAGAAGCUAUUUGCUCAACCUUGCUGAUGUAAUCGUUUCUGUAUUGUAGACUGUAACCCUAGAAAAAUUAACCCUUCACGUUUUGUUUCUGAAAGUAAUGUUAGUUGUACGAUUGGUC